AGGCGGAUCACCUGAUUAGCUUCGCGGAUUGGUCCGAUGUACACCUCUAUUUUCGAAGGAUGAUCAAGAAGGAGGCAGAAAAGCGGUCAAUCCAUGGAUACACAUGAUUUGCAAUAACUUCCCUCGUACUCAGUUCACUGAUCCAAGUAUGUCCGAACACGGACGUCGUAUAUCACCCAGUUUAUUCAGUCAAUGUGCUUCUCUAACAUUGAUCGGAUGACAUCGGCACCUCUGUCCGCCUCCGCACAACCUUAUAGAAGCACCGAGAUAACUCCCGAGCCGUCACGUUGGGUUCUACAACCCUAGUCCCGCGAGGGGCGGAAGUGUGCGGCACAUCUCGGAGAAUAUCAACCUCCGAUAUUCCCAGUCUUCAACUCUCCCUCAUUGCAAGCCAAUCCAGCGGAAGACUGUUCGUGUUUCGGCGAUGUGCACUUCAUGAAGAAGAAUUCGGGGAGGGGAUUAGACAAGUUGAAAGUCGGGAUUCGGAAAACGAGCCUCUGUUCCCUUCUUCGGCGGAAUGUUGACGCCCGCACAGGACAACAAUUCUCGACUCUUUAUUGGGUAAUCGGGCCGUUCUCGUGGUUGGUGUCAUUGGAUGCCCAGAGCGUAGUGAUCCCGGUCCGCACACCCAACACACUCGAUCCACCCGUAGCUCGUGGAACGAUCGGGGACGAAUGGAGCGUGCGGAGCUACGGCGACCUCGGGAUUACGUUACCUAACGGUGAUAAGGAACCGAAGUGCGAAUCGGCCCGCCUUUAGGCUAUUGUAUGCUGCAGAGGUGAAAGGUUGACGGAAAUAAUUGGUACAUGUAUGUGAGGCUCGUCCAUGGCAUGCAUGGCUGCAGCUUUCCCAUCAUUGGCUCAGGAAGCAGUGGAGUAUCCCGUGUUGUAGCCAGUCCAGUCCAGUCCUGCAUCUGGGAAAGCACCAUCUGGGAAAGCGCGCUCAUCCAAACAGUACAAGUCCCUCGGUCACUCCGCUUCAACAUACCCAGCUCAGCAGAUACAAUGUCACCCUCUGUAUCCAACUUCGACUCGGUGAUCAUUCCUGAUCUUGUCAACAUGGCGCCUUUCGAGUUGCGGAUCAAUCCGAACGAAGAAAAUGAAGAAGGCCCAGAAAGGGUUGAACGCAGGGUUACUUGGUUCCAUGUGUUGGCCCGACAUACAGGACAAGGAGCGCCUCCAAGUCUGCGCGGAUUUCGUCAACUACCUGUUUCAUCUUGACGACCUCACAGAUGAAAUGGAUGCGAUAAGUGCUGGCGGUGUACGGGAGGCGGUCAUCGAUGUACUCGACGAUCCAGAGAAGUGGACGAAGAAAAUUUCCAGGCGAGAGGCGCAUGCGAUCUCCGUUCUGACCCUCGAGCAAGUUUCCCGCACUCCCCACAUCGUUUCUGAUUCUAAUGCUGCUGACAGCAUGUGGUUGCGCAUCUGUCGUACUGCGACUCCGUUGGUUCAGAGACGCUUCAGAGACACGCUAGAGGAGUUCUUUGUUGCGAUCAUGGACGAGGCCAUAGACCGGAAGAAGAAGGUCAUUCGGGGUGUUCAAGACUAUAUCAUUCGUCGCCGCGCCAAUGGUGCUGUGCGCCCUUGCUUUGUGUUGAUCGAAUACGCCAAUGGAUUUGAGCUUCCGGAGUCAGUGUGGCAUCAUCCCAUUAUCCGAGACCUUCAGGAUUGGGCUGAUGAUCUGGUAUCAUGGGCGAAUGGUGGGUUUUAUCUCAGUGUCUGCGCGUGUCUAUUCUAACUGUUUCUGCAAGACAUCUUGUCCUUUGGGGUUGAAUACAGUCGUGGGGAUACCUCGAAUAUUGUCAUGUCAGUCAUGCAUGAGCAAGGCCUCGGAGUUCAGGACGCUGGCUGCCCGUGCUGCGCUGCCCUCUUGGGGACCGGGGGUCGACCGAAACGUACAGUUUUCUCUCCAGGGUUUGGAGUACUGGAUUAUCGGCUCUGCCGAAUGGUGCUUUGGACCCAACGGUAUUUUGAGGAUGGGAUGUUGGUUAGAGACAGUCGGGUGAUGGAAUUUCAGCAUCCAUACAAGUUGUGAGUAGACAGACCCAGGAUGAACGAUCGGGAGCGAAUCGAGCGUGCUGAGCUGUCAGCACUUCGGGGUAACGUUACAUGGACGGUGAUAGGGAACCGAGGUAGGGAUCGGCCUGCAUAUAAGGAAGGGUCCUCCACAUCCAUCCUGCCGCUAAUUCGCCGGAUAUCGGUUACCUACAAGGAGACCGGCGCAGAUCUUUCACCUUCCCAAUCAUCAGCUCUCGAUGCAGUGGAAUAACCAAAAAUGUUGUAGCCAGCCGUUUCCAUUCUCCACUCGGGAAAGCGAGCUACUGUAGUUCAUCCAGAUUAGUCCUUGAGCAGGGGAGUCUACCGGGGGUUGACAUUCUCCGGAGGAGAUCAGCAUCAGCGAUGCUGGUCACCGCUCCAGCACCCGUCCUCCAUUCCACCUCGGCUCUCGGAAACGUCCUGUUUUCUCUCUUCGCGUAUCAUUUCGUCCCCUUACCUCGCGCCGAUGUGCGGUACAACAGGUGUGCACGACCGUUUAGGUUCUUCUCGGAAUGGCUCCGGUUGUGAUCUACCAUCUAGAGUUUUUGUACCCCUUCGUUCAGUCGACAACUUGAAGAUCGGCACGCCCCACGUACGACUCGGGAUGUUGAGGACGGCUGCAUCUGAAAGGAAUAUGAUCCAGUCAUCCGUGAGUGAAUGCUUGAUGGAAACAAGGAUUGCCGCUACUGCGCUACGGAUCAUCGCUGUCUCUGUGACUCUAGAAACAGGGCUCACAGAGAUGAUGCCCCACAGGUGCGACAGGCAAGCGCGUUGCUGCUUGAGAAAGCUCUAUCGGAGAAUCUUUUGCUGCUGGAUAUUGGUCCUAGAUGUCGUAUGAUGUUGCCAAUCACGGAACGGGGAGUUCUUCGCGCAUAUAGUGUCUUUGACGAAACGAUCUCGUGACUCCGUGAUGAGCAGGUAUAUGGGGCUUUCCAUCUGAGCAAGUGUGCUGCACAUUCUAAUUUCGAAGCCGGAUUCGACGUUCGAACGACACUUCG